CUCCUUUUUUCCUCCUUCCUCCUUUUUUCCUUCUUCCUUGUUCUUCCUUUGUUUGAUUCGAUUCGAAUAAACACGCGAUAAAAAGUGAUUUAUUGCAUCCUAAGCAUGACAAUAAUAUAGGGCAGUGGUGUGUUUGCCGGAAUUGCGAGGCGGAGGGAGUGGUGUGUGACAAGACGAGGGCGGCGCGGCACUGCCUCGAUCGAGCGCCCCGGGAUUCCCAUGGAUCGAUCCACGCCGAGUGCGGAGGAGGAGGCGGCUGGCGCAGCGUAGCAGCAGCAGUAGCGGCGGCGGCGGCGGCAGUGUGACGAGAAGGAUCGCCACAACGGCGCGGCACGAGAGAUCGGGAUUUUUUUAUGGAAACGCGCAGCCGUAAGCGGGCCGAGGCCACUGGGAGGCGGCCACCACCUGCGCAAUCGUCUUCGCGAGCUUCCAAGCGAGUGCGCGUCGGCGCCUCUAGUUCUAGUUCCGGCGCGGCAGCAGCGGCGGCGGCGGCGCCACCAGCACCAGCGCCAGUAGCAGCAGCGGCGGCGGGAGCUUCCAGCAGCCGAUCCAGGCCAUCGACUCGGAGGAACACUGCGUCUCAAGCGGGGACCUCUGUAAGUAACAGUGUAGCAGCAGCAGCUCAGGGUAGUGGUAGCAUGGAUUUGACUCCACCCGAGUCGGGGGGGUCGCGGAGGGAUAGGAGGGACAAGGAUAAGGCGAGCAAGCGCGAGCAUGACAAGGACGACGAUCGAGGGUCGGAGAAGGUGUUGCGAGGCUCCGGCGAGAAGGAUGACAAGGGGAAGGAGAAAGAGGCGUGUAGGAACAGGGAUGCCAGGGACCGGGCCGCCGGAGCUUCCGUCGAGGCCGACGACGACGAUGGUGGCGAUGGCGUGAGCACCUUGCAGCAGAACUUGGCGUCGGCUAGCAGCGCCUUGCAUGGUUUGCUCCGGAAGCUGGGCGCUGGAUUGGAUGAGUUUUUGCCAUCGUCGACCCCGGCUCAUCAGAGCAGCCGGUUGAAGCGGAUUCUUUCCGGGUUGAAGGCCGAGGGGGAGGAGGGGCGGCAGUUGGAGGCGUUGUCUCAGCUGUGCGAGCUGCUCUCCAUCGGCACGGAGGAGUCUUUGAGUAGCUUCUCGGUGGACUCGUUCGUGCCGGUGCUCGUCAGCCUCUUGAACCACGAGUACAAUCCGGAUGUGAUGCUGCUGGCAGCCAGGGCGCUUACACACCUCUGUGACGUGCUCCCCUCGUCCUGCGCUGCCGUGGUUCACUACGGGGCGGUUCCUUGCUUUUGUGCACGGCUUCUCUCAAUUGAGUAUAUCGAUCUUGCGGAACAGUCUUUACAAGCUUUAGAGAAAAUAUCCCAUGAACACCCGGCAGCGUGCCUACGAGCGGGAGCUUUGGUUGCUGUCCUCUCGUAUUUGGACUUCUUCUCCACCGGGGUCCAGAGGGUUGCUGUUUCCACGGCCGCUAAUAUAUGCAGGCAGCUUCCAUCUGAUGGUGUGAAUUUUGUUAUGGAGUCCGUUCCUAUACUGACCAACUUAUUACAAUACCAGGAUCCUAAAGUGGUGGAUCAUGCUUCUCUGUGUCUCACACGGAUUGCAGACUCGUUUGCAAAUUCAUCGGAGAAAAUAGACGUGCUUUGCUCCCAUGGGCUAAUUCCGUUGGCUGCACGACUCGUCUCUGUUGGCAACCCAAACGGCGCCAUGGUUCCUCAAACUUCGUUGAGUGCUUCGACAUACACGGGUUUGAUUCGUCUCCUUUCUAGCUGUGCGAGUGGAUCUGCUUCGGCGUCUGAAAGUCUGCUAUUACUGAAUAUAAGCUCCAUACUUAAAGAUAUUCUAACUGGAGCUGGCUUAACAUCAACUACGUCCGUUGCUCCUUCUAUCAGCAGGCUUCCUGAACAGCUCUUCGAGAUUGUGAACCUUGUAAACGAGCUUUUACCACCUGUUCCUGAUGUCGGUGCCGCGCCAUUGCCAAAUGGAGUGGACAGCACGUCGUCCUCUAAGGUGACCCAAGCAUCGCCUCGGAUACAGCUCCUGCAAGAUCGUCCGGAACUGUUGCUGGGAUUUGGAGCUGAUCUUUUUCCAGUGCUGGUUCAGGUUUAUGGGUCUAGUGUAACUUCUUCGGUGCGACACAAGUGUUUAGCUGCCAUUCAUAAGCUUCUUUAUUUCAGUACACCAGAAAUGCUACAUUCUCUCUCCAAAGACACAAACAUAUCUAGCUUUCUAGCCGGGGUUCUAGCUUCGAAGGAUCCUUCCGUAUUACUCACUGCUCUUCACAUCACCGAGUUGCUGAUGCAAAAGCUACCAGGAGUUUUUGCGAAGACCUUCGUGAAGGAGGGUGUCGUGCAUGCUAUUGAUACCUUGAUUGCAUGCGAGCAACAACUGGGAAAGACUUCGGAUUCUCAGAAGACCCGUCGUGCUACGUCUGGUCGACGUCGCUCUGGGAGCACGAGUGACGUUCAUCCAGAUGAUCCAGGUGGUUCCAGCAGUGCUCCAGUUGGCUCGCCACCAAAUGCCGAUUCUCCUCUGCAUACAGCACGUCUUGGACUGCUUUCAACUGCGGUCGCAAAAGCCAAGUUUUUGAGGGGGGCUCACUUUUGCAACGGAAUUACAGAUGGCGGGGCAACGGAAAGUCUAUGCAGGCUUAAAUCUCUUUGCUCCAAGCUGACUGCAGACUGUACUCCGGAAGUGAAGGGGAAAGGGAAAGGGAAAGCCAAAGCUUGUGGUUCAACGACCUCUUUAUCUGAGGAACAGUUACUGGCUGCUAUAUCUGGAGUGUUCGGGGAACUCGAAAACGGGGAAGGCGUUUCUACAUUUGAGUUUGUCAACAGUGGCAUUGUGAGUGCGCUGCUGAACUAUCUGUCUUGCGGUUCCGUGGAUGGCAGAUCGAGGCAGCAGGCUCUGAACAGGCUAAAAAACUUCCUUGCUGUGGCCCUUUCAUCCGACAUUAGAGAAGCGCCUUUGACGGUUUUGGUGCGGAAACUACAAAACGCGCUUGGCUCCUUGGAAAGAUUUCCUGUUAUUUUGAGCCAUGGUCCUCGUGCAACUGGAAGUACUGCAAGUAUUGCUGCCGGCCUCAGUGCGUUAACUCAACCGUUCAAACUGCGACUUUGCAGAGCAUCCGGUGAGAAGGUUCUUCGUGACUACUCCACGAACGUGGUCCUUAUUGAACCUUUGGCUACUUUGGCUGCCAUUGAAGACUUCUUAUGGUCUCGAGUUAAAAGACACGACAGUUCUCCCUCGUCGACGGUUGCAGCAUCUUCCGACUGUGUUUCUUCUCCACCUGCGUCAACUACUCCUACGGCCUCAACAUCGACUCCAUCAAGGCCUUCUACAAGAUCACGUACAGCUGCCGCUGGCAGUGGCGAUGCAACGCCGUCUAAAGGCAAGGGAAAGGCUAAAACUUUUGAAGCUCGAGCAACUACUGAAAGUCGGGGUCCUGAAACUCGUAAUGCGGCUGCUAGAAGGAGAGCUGCUGCUGCGGCAGCUUCGGCAGCUGUUACAAAACAACGGGCACCCAUUGACAGCGAGGAUGACGAUGCAGACGCAUCUCCUGUUGAAGUUGAGGACGCCGUAGCAAUGGACGAGGAUGAUGUCUCUGAGGACGAAGAGGAACUUUUCGGUGAAGAGCCAGCUGAAGUUUGCGUCGGUGAUCGUGUGCAUGAUGUGCAACUGGGAGAUUCUGCGGAUGCAGGGGCUGUUGCGACUAGUGCCACCACGAGCGAGACUCCAUCUUCUUUCGGCACAGGUGCUGCAGGUUCAAGUACGCCGGUCUUAAUAGGAACAGGGGCAAGUGGAUCAAGAGCGACCGCUGCUGUUGGAAAGGGUGCUCUUUCGUUUGCUGCGGCUGCAAUGGCUGGCGCAAAUGCUUCAAAAAACAGCAAAGAUCGCAAGUCUCUCGCAGCUGUCGCUUCCGCUAACGUGCCUCCGAAGCUGUCUUUCUAUCUGGGUGGUAAACUGCUCAACAGGUCCUUGACUAUUUUCCAGGCAAUCCAAAGACAAACAGCCAUGGACGAAGAUGACGACGAACGAUAUGCAGCACCAGAUCAUCCGUUAGGCCACGGCCGCAGGUUGUGGGACGAGGUUUACACGAUAACUUAUCAGAGAGCUGAUCCGACUGAAAAGACUUCUCCAGGAGGGGCUAGUAGCACUAAGUCUGGGGUGGCCGGUUCCAGUAGUCAGGGGUUAGACGGGUUGCAGCAAGCAUCACUUUUGGACGCUAUAUUGCAAGGAGAACUGCCUUGUGACUUAGAUAAGUCGAGCUCGACGUACAACAUCCUACUGCUGCUCCGGGUGUUGGAAGGUUUGAACAGACUGGCUCCUCGCUUACGUGCUCAAGGGGUGAUAGACGCCUUUGCCGAAGGCAAAGUAUCAAGUCUCAGCCUCAGUGAGGCAUCAACGGGAGGAGCGUCUGUUCUACAGGAAGAGUUCCUUAGCAGCAAACUAACUCCCAAGCUGGCGCGUCAGAUGCAAGACGCCCUGGCCCUCUGCAGCGGCGGCUUGCCGGCGUGGUGCCACCAGCUGACUAAAGCGUGUCCGUUUCUCUUCCCGUUCGAGACGAGGAGGCAGUACUUCCAUUCGACUGCGUUUGGCCUUUCUCGUGCUCUCCAGCGGUUGCAGCAGCAGCAGAGUGCAGACGGGACAUCUUCUGCAAACGAACGUGAGCUUCGAGUUGGCAGGCUACAACGUCAGAAAGUUCGCGUUUCCAGGACGCGGAUUCUCGACUCGGCUGCGAAGGUUAUGGAGCUUUACUCCGGUCACAAGGCUGUUUUGGAAGUGGAGUACUUCGGGGAGGUUGGCACAGGUCUGGGGCCUACGCUGGAGUUUUACACGCUGGUUAGCCGUGAACUUCAGAAGAACUCUUUGGAUCUGUGGCGUACGGAAUCUCGUCCGGGCUCGCCUCAGCAAGCAGACACUGAGAUGCCUGACAUCAACGAGGAUGUGUUGGACGAACCGUCAGAGAAUCAGGCGAGUGUUCAGCCAGUGGAGCAGAACAUCGAUUACGUGACCGCUCCGCAUGGCUUGUUUCCACGGCCGUGGCACCCCGCGUCGACUGACGCCAGAUACAUGAAAACAGUGGAACACUUCCGAUUGCUUGGGAGAGUCAUGGCCAAAGCUUUACAGGAUGGACGUCUGUUGGAUCUUCCCUUCUCCAUCCCCUUUUACAAGCUUGUUCUUGGACAGGAACUGGACCUUUACGAUGUUAAGGCCAUUGACCCAGAACUCGGGUCAACAUUGGACGAGUUGCAAGGUCUGGUCCGCCGUAAGCAAUAUCUGGAGGGCGUUUGCCAUCAGAUGUCGGAUGGACUGAGAUUCCGUGGUUCGAGGAUUGAAGACCUUUGCCUCGACUUCACGCUUCCGGGAUAUCCAGAGUUCCACCUGAAAGAAGGUGGAAACGAGAUCAUGGUGACUCUGGACAACCUCGAGGAAUAUGUAGCAUUAGUUGUGGAUGCAACGGUGAAGAUGGGUAUUUCCGCACAGAUGGAAGCAUUACGAUCAGGAUUUAGUCAGGUGUUUCAGUUAAGCUCAUUGCAGAUCUUCACUGAGCAGGAACUCGAUAAUUUACUCUGUGGACGGCGAGAACUGUGGACGCCGGAAACUCUGGUGGAUCAUAUCAAGUUUGAUCACGGCUAUACUUCAGCCAGUCCACCUGUUCGUCAUCUAUUGGAGAUAAUGGGCGAGUUCACUGCUGAAGAGCAGCGGGACUUCUUGAGAUUUGCCACAGGAGCUCCACGUCUCCCACCCGGGGGUCUAGCUGCCUUGAAUCCCAAGCUUACGAUCGUGCGUAAGCAUCCAACAGGUGGCAAUGGAUCCUCCGUGGUGUUGGGAUCAACUCCGCCAGGUGCCGCGUCUGCCAUGGGGACAACUCUUGCGGACGGGGACCUCCCAAGUGUGAUGACAUGUGCCAACUAUCUCAAGCUGCCGCCUUAUUCCUCCAGGGAGGUGAUGCGAGAAAGGUUGAUGUAUGCCAUCUCCGAAGGACAAGGAUCGUUUGAUCUCUCCUAGAGGCACGAAGAGAGAGGAGAUGGGGGUCUCUCACAGAUGGAGCGCUCUCAAUAGCUUCUCUCGAUCCAAAAGAGAGGUGUCAAAGGCGGGCGUUGUCGUCCCUCCCGGUCGAGCACACACGCAUUCUUUUUGGUGAGCACGCUGGAACGAAGGUCAAGUUCUUACAAAUCUUGCGCGGCGGUGGGAGAAGUUUUCAGUGAGUACAUAUAAGACCUGUAAAUUCUCUCAGAAUCAAGGUUUUAGUCAACAGAAGUAAA